AUGAUGAGCAUUGUCUCAAGUCAUCAUCAUUGUCAACCAUCGAUUAUACAGGAACGAUGUGGUAUAGGAACAAUAUCUAAGGUUUCUUGUUCGAGACAUUGCGGUCCGUGUUUCUCUGGAAGAUUAGCUUUCUCUCAUAAGGUAUGCUUGAAGGGUACUUGUGGGAAUACUGCUAGGAGAAGGAUUUCAAGAAUUUGCAGUGUUGUGGAUGAUGAUGGGAUGAAUCCAGAUGAUUCGGAUGACGAGGAAAAGGAAUCGCUUGAUGAUAAAACUGAAAGGCAAGCGAAUGAUAUGAAUCGGGCAAAUCUUGAAAGAAUGGUUGGGUCGGAUGAUUCUGCAUUUAAUGGCUUAGAUCUUGCCACCCUCAUCAGGCAGAAGUAUGGAAGAUCUUACGAUGUUCAACUCAUCAAGAAGGAGUUCAUGGGGCGGAAUCUUCUUGCAAUGAAUGUCAUGUGGAAGUACAGAGAACAGAGGUCUUUUCCUCUAACCGAAGAAGAAUAUAUACUGAGACUUGACGACGUAGCCAAUAUGUUGAAAUGCUGGGGAGCAGUCUCACAUAUCCGUAACAGUCUAGCAAAGUCGAAGGAGCGACCUCGGAUAGGAAAGGCUGUCAGCAUUUUCAUAGAUAUGGAUUCGACCGGGGGACGAGCAAACGAAUGGAUUUACAAGUAA